GUCACAUUUGUGUAUGCAGAUAUCCAGUUAUUUUCCAUUUAUUUAAAUUAGCAUACGCGUUGUAAGUGUAUUAUUAGUGAAACCUUUUACCGAGCAUUUUCAUAUUUUUUAAUUAAAAAAAACCCGUAUUAUUAUUGUUAUUAUUAUUAUUAUUAUUAUUAUUAGCAUUAGCAUGAUUUUAUUAGCAUUGUACCCUCCUCUGACAAGUGGUUCAGUCGGCGCCGGGUAAGACAUAAAAAUGUCUUCAGUCACGAUUAUUUCACAGAUGAAGUUCGGAACACUGGGCAGUUUCAAGGUUGCUGCUGUACAGACGCUGCACAGAAGAUCAGGGAGGAGUGUGCGCUGUGAGGAGGAGGCUUUUGGAUCAGGAGCAAGGCCACAGUGACAAGUGUCAGGGCUAAAUUCUGCUGUUAAAUUAAGGACUUGCUGUGAGCUUGAGCAGUGGGGAACUUCCUUUACCGACGGCCUGCAGGGGAAACGUAGCUUUCAUACGGAGAGGAAGACAGAGCUGGGGCAGCUACAACACAAGCUCCAGGAGAGGAGAACGGCACAAAGGAGAGAUUCAGGAAGAGGAGUCCUAGGAAACACGUCUUCAGCACGCACGCACGCACACACACUGACACACACACACACUGAGAGGCAGGAAGAAUCCUUGGACAUGCUCUGCAAGCAGUGGCUGUGGAGAGGCUGAUUACUGCAGACAUUGUGGACGAGCUACAUCCGCCAGAGAUGAUACCUCAUGAAGUCUAUGGAGCUCAUUUUGUGAGCUGGAGCAACACCAUCUUCUCUGGUUUGAGACCUGAUGCCUUUCACAAGUGAAAACAAAGAGAAUCAGAAUCACAGAGUGCACAGAGAGGCCAGCUCCUUCACGUAACCACUGAGGACAUAAAGGAGCCUCAGAGGAGCUUAGAAGUCUUACAAGGGAAUAUUAAAACCACGCUUGCACAAUGAAAUCCAACCAAGAGCGGAGUAAUGGAUGCCUACCUCCUAAGAAGCGCGAGAUCCUGGCUCUGGAGCAGAGGCCAGUGGUUGUAGCCACAGCGACACCCCCAGCGACGGCAGUAGUGACCGAUAGUCCUCACACAGAGAACUUAGCGUGGCUGGCAAGUGUAGCCAGUGAACGCUGCAAAUCUAGGGAUGCAGAGAGUCCACGAUGUCUCAUCUCCUCCUCUCCUGCCACCUCUGUACCUUCCUCAGCCACUCCUCUGUCUACAAUGCCCCUGGCCUCUCUGCCUGCAGUUUACUCCACAGCUGUUCCUCAGCAGGCCGGGACGAUCCAGUUUGCUCAGCUGGGACCCAAUGUUCAGUUCAUCAGCUCUGGGCCUUAUGCUGGAUAUAUCUCCUCUCACAUCAUCUCAACAAAUGCUAGCUCUGUGCCUAACAGCUCUGCCAUAAUAGGUCAGCGGACCCACCUGGAUGGGUAUACCACUGUUAUCUCCCCCAACACCAAAGGAGAGCAGCAGUUCCAAAUAGGCCUCUCCUCCACAGAGCUGGCACCUGUGUCGCUACCGAGCUCUCCCCAGGUCACCAGCCAGUACAUCCAUCUGGACAGCAGAACUCCUCUGACUGUCAGUGGCAAUGCUGUCACUUCACCCGCGGCUCACCUUCAGCUACACCCUCAUGCAGCCGUCCUCCCUCAGACACUCACCCUCGCUCCCUCCCAGUUGGUGGUUCAGUAUGCAGAUGGUUCAGCUGGGAGGAAGCCGGACAUGCAUACUAAGAGUAUACUGAAUGGAGAAUUGGAGGUCAAACAGGCAAAGGUCCCCAAUUAUCCAGGAAACCAUCAGCAGGUCCAGAGUUAUGAGGCCAGACAUAUCCUUCUCCCUGCAGACUAUGGCCAAAACCCAGCAGGACUCCAGACCUCUUUGGUGCUGGUGGCACAGCAAAACCAUGGCGAUGAACACGAAGCUGGUUCGAAUAAGAUCUCCUUUGUCCAGACUGAGAAAGGAAGCAUCUGCUUAGGAAAACCCGUGUCCAGAUCUUCUUCUUUCACCUCCCUCCCUUCCUCAGAGAUGGUGAAGUCUGUUGCUCCUCAUACAGUUAUCCAGACCACUCUACCACACGAGGAGCUACCAGCCAGCCUCUAUUCCUCCACACAGCCACCCAUCAUUGGCUACAUCACCAGUGCAAAUCAGCAUGCUGUCAGCUACCAUGCAGCACUCCCCCAGCACUUGGUGAUCCCAAGUUGCCAGUCCCUCCUCAUCCCAGUCAGUGGUGCCAAUAAUGCCACAGAAAUGGAGGUUAGUCGUACUGUCAGUGCCCUGACUGCUACUACCACCCCUCAGAUAUCCACUGCCAUGCCGCAUGCGUAUCUGGCCACAGCUCUGUCAAAGUGUGAGGCACUGGGGUCGGAAGGACAUCGACCACAUCAUGCAGCUACACAGGCUACUGUACUCCCAGUCCUGCCCCAGUGCAACCACGCUCCAGCAGCAGUGGCACCUCCAUCCCCCCCUCCUGCUCGUGUCCCGACUCCAGCCCCGGUUUCAAUCCAAGCAUCCCCCUCUAUUUCCUCUUCCUCAUCUCCUGUGGCACUCCCACCGUUCUUCAUGCGAGGCUCCAUCAUCCAGCUGGCUGAUGGGGAGCUGAAGCGCGUGGAAGACCUCAAGACGGAGGACUUCAUCCAGAGUGCCGAGAUUAGCAGUGAGUUGAAGAUUGACUCCAGCACUGUCGAACGCAUUGAUAGUGGGCAAACUCCCAAUGCUGUGGUCAUUCAGUUUUCUGUGGGAGAGCUCAAAGCCCAGGUCUGUGUGGAGGUGUUGGUGGAGUACCCCUUCUUUGUCUUUGGUCAGGGCUGGUCAUCCUGCUGCCCAGACCGCACCACCCAACUGUUUGAGCUGUCCUGCGCCAAGUUGUGUGUCGGCGAUGUUUGUGUGUCGCUGACCCUCCGCAGCUUGAGGAAUGGUUCAGCAACAGACGCCCAGGCUUUGGGGACUAAGAUGAAGACGAGUCACCACUCCGACUCCUGUCACAAUGCGGAUGCCAAUGUAAGACACAGUAUGAGUCCGAACGCUGCAGGCAGUAAUGGCGGCCUCCUAAUGAAGGCUUCUGCAGAGGGGACCUAUGGAGUAAUGCUGACUGUCUCAGGGACUGGAGAAGCAACACAGGAAUCUGCUCUCACCAAAAUACAGUGUGGUGAUCUAGAGAGACCCACAGUCCGCAAGAGACGCUGGUCAGCUCCGGAGAGAGACCAGACUGAUAAAGCGGAGGACGAGCCUCCUCUGACUCUGCCUAAACCCUCUUUUGUCCCUCAGGAGGUUAAAAUCAGCAUAGAGGGCCACUCCAGUACUGGACGUGACAGGUUCUUCAGCAAAAGAGUCGACUGCUGAGAGAACUUUAAUGAAGUAUCCGUGGUUUGCUUUGUGUUUAUCCCCUCUUUUCUCUCUAUCCAGACUACUGUACUAUAGGCAGAGUUUACAUAGUAUUUACAUGUUUCCUUUCACGCAGUGAUAUCUACAAUGAAGUCGAGUUCGGUAGAGUUCAUAAUCGGUGUCACACAUGAGAUCAGUGCAAUCAAUGCUGCAGGCAAAAAUGAAUGCAGCGUGCAUGAAUGUUGAAUAUGAAUGGCGGUCACCUGAGAGACAUUUCACUUUGACAUUUGAUUUUUUUUUUUGUCCUUUUUGACGUGAUGAAUGCUGUACAGUUCACUAGUUCUCUCAUCACAUGAACAAGCACAGACCCCAUGGGUAACUAUGUUUGGAUUGUUUGUUAGUUUCACUGUUAAAUUGUCUUGUGGUGUUUAUGAGUCAAAGAGAGAGUGAGUAUCUGAUGAGUUUUGAGUUUUAAUUUCAUUAACAUACCAUCACAGAUGCGUAGUACCACUUUUGGUUCGAGUCACUUGUCUCCAUAAGUAUGUUCUCGUCUGUUGAUUUGUGUGUUUUUCUGCGUGGCUGUCAAACAGAGCACAGGAGUCAGCUGUGUGUGUGUGUCUGUGUGUGUCUGUGAGUGUCUGUGAGCUCAGUUUUCAGCACAGAAGUAGAAAAAAAUGAAUGUAAAAAUCACUGCUUUUGUCCUCAGCACUGACACAUUUGCUACACAUCAUGCUGAGAAUCUAUUGCAACUUUAUAUUAAUACUUCAUCAAUUCCUGGACUGCGUGUUCGUCUUUUACCCUCGCUGCCGCAUGUGCAGCAUUUAAAAUAUGUCUUUAAAGAGAAUAUAAGAUAUUUCUGUCUAAUACCUCCAAAAGAAGAUUUUUAGUCAGUCUAUGUUGGGACUAAACCAUAGUUUGGGCAACUUGGCGACUCUAAUUCAGUGAUUACUUUGUUUUUGCAAGCAGUGCAGCAAGUAAUCAAAAACUUGUAUUGUUACAUUCUCAAAUGGACAUAUAACAACAGGAACAGAGCGACAUUAGCAUUCAUGUGGAGCCUUGUUCUAGCUCAUCUUUUCACUUUGUUUCAGUCCUGAGGGAAACAUCUGGCCAUGAAGUUUGGAAAUUCUCCAUCAUGUUUUUAGACUUUUUUAUUGAAAACGACUUCAUGCUGCAGCUACACAACAGUGUUUGACCCAAGUAAACAGUAACAGCAACAUUAAAGUAAAGUAAAACGGUGAAGUUGUGGAUCAUAAAGCCCAACUGUACAGAGUCACCUGCCCCAUUGUCACUAUAAAAUAGUGAGCAACUUAUAAGGCAAACACACCAUAACUAAAACAUUUAAAUAAAAGCAUGACAUAGUACAUAUUUAUGGGAAAAUGGUAUGUUCCCAUGCUACUGAUGUAUCCUCAUUUGUUCUUUUACUGAAACUAUGGCCUUAGAUACAAUGUAUAAUGUACCUUGUUCACAGGAGCACAUGUUUUUUAAGGGUUUUUAUUUAAAACCUCUUUUCCUCAAUGAAGGUAUGUCCAUACCUGGUAUAUCAGAGUUCUGCUGUUUGUAUUCAAACAGCUCUCUUUAGGUUACUACAUUUGUUUCUCAGAGUAGAGCCAAAAUUAAUAUCUUACAGUUCAUACUCAGGAACAGUGUGUGUGUGUGUGUGUGUAUCCAUGUGUGUGUUCUGAGCAGCAGCACUUUGAUAAGGCAUCCAGCAGGAUUGUGGCGUUGGUGGUGGUGGUGGUGACCCUGUUUGGUGAGCAGUUGCUAGAUAUAACGAGGGCAGUAAAGUGACUGUUUCACAUCACAUUAUGUGCGACAGGUUUAUCAUUGAUAGAAAAUAUACACUAGGACAGGGAAUGUAAACACACAUCGGGCAGACUAUCUCACUUUUAUUUUUGAUGACUAAUAGAGCUACUACUCAGAGACAGGAAGAUAGAGUUGUAGAUAUAAACGAGGCCAGCGAGUGUUCAUCAUGUACAGUAAAUUGUAUUUUAGAGAGUGUACAAUGUGUGUAUAGAUAUUCUAAUCCUUAAGUAGCUUAUGUACUGUAUGUGCCACAGCGCCUCCUUUCUUCAAUCAUUCCAUUAACUCACCGAUAUCAAGUGGUCCUGCAACCGUUUUUUUAGUCAGUUCAGGUAUUGAUGUAAUGUUCAUGAACGUGCUACAGUUCUUCAGGAACAUCUACAUAUUCAGAGCGUGAUUUUGACUUCACACACUACGGCAUACAGUUUGUGUGACUAUGAACUACUUGUCAUAAAUGUUAUGAACCUUUGGGAGUUCCUGAAAGGUGUUCAUUGUAAACUCACUAACUUGACUGUUCUGACUCUUCUGUUUGUGUUUGACUGCUCAGGCUAAAACACUGCCCUGUGACUGUUCUCCUCCCCAAGACGAUGUGGUCUUUAAUUCUUCACCGUUCCAAAGUAGAGCUACUGUUUCAUCACGUUGUCUUCGUAGCUAUCCCAUCGUUCUCUCUCUGUGAGCGUGACCUGUGUUUGUACUUUCCUCAAAAGACAAAUCUAUGAAAUGUUCGAGCGAUGCUUGAAGAAAAAGGCUGGCGUUAACGCGACAUCUUUCUAUUGGGAAUCGGUCCCAUGAAAAGACUAAAACCAAACUGAGUUUAUGAGUCAAACUCUUUCACUGACACUCAGCCUCUUGAGCCCCUUCAUCUCUACUAAAGAAACAAAUGUAGCUUCAUUCACAGAUUUAGAAACAUGUCUUUAAGGUCCAGUGUGUAACAUUUAAUGACAUCAGAGGGCGAGACUGUAUAUUGUAAAAAAAGAAUUCUCCACUCAGCAUGUUAGGGAACUAUAGUGCAGACACCAAUAAGGUGUGCAAAAAAUGCACAUUCUGGCUGGUUAUUGAUGCUGCUGUAGAAACCUGGUGGUCUCCUUAAAGCUUAUUCUAAGGCUACAAGAUCGGAUUUUUAUUUUAAAUUGGAAUUAUACCUUUGUGCAAACCACACAUGGAUAGUGCAUUCAAUUUCUGCCGAUAAAGCCUCUAAAAUUUUAUACACUGGACCUUUAAGUGACUGGUUACACUGUUGAAGACUUCUCAGCUGUGGAUCUAUACAUCCUCGCAUCAGGAUUCUGUUUGUAGAAAUAGCUGAAAGAACAAACUUUGUGGCACAUGUUAAUGUUUUUGGACAAUGAAGGUCAACGGCACAGUGGAGUAGAGUAUAAGAGGCUGCAGCUGCACACACGCACACACACACAACACCUGUCAGUGUGAUCAGAUUUGUUGACACGACAACAAUGUAGAACACUGCACGAGGAGGAGGAUCUACUCCGCAAAUGAAACGACGGCCAAAUAGGAACGAUUAAGAUGUUGCCAAGCACAGUUUGUUUGUGUUGCGCGGAGGAACGUCAGUGAAAUCACCUGUGUGGUUGAACCACAGUUGAAGAGACUCUUCAAAAACAUUGUUGCCAGAUUUCUUUUUUUUUUUGACAAACACACCUGAACUAGGCUCAUUCAAAUAUGACACUAUCAAAGCCUUGAAUAUGGUGUAAGCACCACCUCGUGGUGAUCUGUGGAAAUGCACUUUGAAAAAUAGGGUGGGGUUGGGGUGUUUUAGCUGAGCUAAUACACUUGAGUAAUGUACAGCGUGUCUGAGAGAAAUUGUACCAUCACAGUACAUCUCAGCGAUUUGUAAAUAGCCUAAAGUCUUCCAUUGAAACGUUGAUAUGACCUUGUCACCAGUGUAGAGGACACACACUGGUUCCCCCCCCCCCCCCCCAUGUACAGACCUUUUGAAGUGAAGUUUACAUUGAAGAAUCAUCGAUUAUUUGACAGAAACACAAGCUUUUGCUUCACCUGACACAUUUUCUUUUGCACCAGCUCAAAAAUCCAGGAAAUUGUGGGAGUAAAAAGACUUUUAAAAGUAAUGAUUUUGUAAUUUGGGUCUGUGUUGGCUAAAGCUCAGCUAAGAUACACCAUGUCCUAUGUAUACUAUGUCGUAAGUAUCAAUAAUGUUCCUUAUUUUGACAGUGUUGAGGUUUGCUAGUCAGAAACUGUUCAAUCUUUACUUCAAAUGUUUGAUUUUACAUUUGAUCAAAUAUAUUCAAAGAAAUAAAGAGUCUAAAGAAAA